AUGUCUUCUGUCUCUCGUAAUUCCUUCAUGAAUUUGUCGGACUCACUGAUAUCUCUUGAUCUUAGUGAUACUGAAAUGAAAGGAGAAUUUCCAGAAAAUAUUUUUCUCCUGCCAAACCUUGAAGAGCUCAUACUAUCGUACAAUUAUAAUCUCACUGGUUUAUUUCCUAGAUAUAAUUGGACCACCCCGCUUAGAAAUUUGAGCCUUUCUUCCACCAAAAUCCUAAUAGAUUUACCAUAUCUUACCAGCAGUUUAAAAUAUUUGAAUCAUUUGGAUGUUAGCAACUGCACUUUCAGUGGAUCGUUUCCUGCAUUAAUGCGUGGGAACAUAACUCAAAUCACUUCCUUAGAUCUCUCUUCUAACAGUUUUGGUGGUGAAAUCCCAUGGGAUUCUCUCAAUCUGGAGAAGCUGAAUUUUUUAGAUCUUUCAUACAAUAAUUUUGAAGGCCAACUCCCUCAAAUUUGUAGUAAUUCUACAAGAAAAACAUUUCUUUGCGACUCUUCAGAAAGUGAUAAGUUAGUGGGCCCUCUUCCUUUGAAUUUGAAAUCCUUGGACUUAUAUGGUAACUUACUUAAUGGGACAAUACCUUCCUGGCUAUAUUCCCUUCUGUCUUUACAAGAUUUAUAUCUAAGUUACAACCAAUUCACUGGCCGAAUUGGAUCAACUUUUCAGCAAGUGAACCUUCGUAGCUUAGAUGUUUCAUCAAAUAACUUGAGUGGUAUCAUUCACUUAGAACAGUUCUCAAGGCUAAAAAAACUUGAAAGCCUUUCUCUUUCUUUUAAUAGCCUAUCAGUGGAUUCUAUCAACUCCACCACAUACGUUUUGCCCAAUACCCUUUGGAGAUUGGAAUUGUCUUCAUGCAAUAUCACUGGGUUCCCAUACUCUUUAAGAAGCUUGGAAAAUUUAGAAUUCUUGGACCUUUCCAACAACAGAAUUGAUGGGAGUGUUCCCCAAUGGUUGUGGAACGUUGGGAGGGAUUCAUUGUGGUAUCUGAAUAUUUCUCACAACCUCUUAACUCAAAUCGGGAAAAUUCCAUGGAAAAAUCUACUGCUUAUUGACCUUAGCUCCAACAGGCUUCAAGCUGGUCAUCUUCCAAUUCCACCACCUUCAACUUAUCUAUUUUCAAUCUCAAACAAUCAAUUGGUUGGAGAGAUAUCUUCUUUCUUUUGCAACCUUACUGGGAUUGGAGUCCUUGAUUUGUCAAACAACAGCUUGCGUGGGAACAUCCCACCAUGCUUUGGAAAUUUUAGCGUAAUCUCUGUUUUAGAUUUGCGAAUGAAUAAGUUUCGUGGAAUGAUUCCACCAACAUUUGCAAAAGGAAACAGCUUGAGGAAUCUCAACCUCAAUGGAAAUCAGUUGGAAGGGCCGUUGCCUCAAUCUUUAGUCAAUUGUGAAGGGCUGGAAAUUUUGGAUGUUGGGAACAACAAGCUGAACGGGUCCUUUCCCCAUUGGUUGGAAUCUCUUCCAGAGCUUCAAGUUCUUAUAUUGAGAUCUAACAGACUUUCUGGUCCUCUAAGUAAUCCCAAGGUGAGAUUUCCCUUUCAAAAGUUGAGAAUCAUGGACAUCUCAAACAAUGAUUUCACUGGUACUUUGCCAACAAAAUAUUUUGAGAAUUUCGUAGCCAUGAUUGAUGCUCAUUCAGAUCGCUUAGAAUACAUGGGAGAUGGAGUUGUUGGUUGGUCCUAUUAUUCAGUGACAGUGGUUAUAAAAGGAUUCGACACUGAGCUCGUGAAAAUACAAAAACUGUUCAUAACCAUUGAUUUCUCAAGUAAUAGCUUCACAGGAGAGAUUCCAACAGUGAUCGGGAAGCUUAAUUCACUCAAAGGCCUCAAUUUUUCUCACAACAAGCUAUCCGGUCUUAUCCCACCAUUCGUGGGAAACUUGAGCAACCUUGAAUGGUUAGACCUCUCAUCAAACGAGCUUUCUGGAAACAUCCCAUUGCAACUAGCUGUGGAUUUGUAUCAACUUCAAAUAUUAAAUCUUUCCGACAACAAAUUAGAGGGACCAAUACCUCGUGGAAGGCAAUUUGAUACGUUCAGCAAUGAUUCAUACAGCGGAAAUGUUGGAUUAUGUGGAUUUCCUCUGUCUAAAUCAUGCAGCAAUGAUGGUGCACAACACGAUAAGGGUGGUGAUGAUGAUGGAGAUCACAACAAUGGAAUGAUUGAUUGGAAGGUGGUGAUGAUGGGAUAUGGAAGCGGAGUGGUGAUCGGAAUAUCUGUCGGACACAUGGUCAUUUUCAGCAGAAGCUUCAAUUAUUGGUUUCACAAAAGAUUUAGAGGGGGACGACGUCGCAAAACCAGUGCUCGCUUAAGACGGAGGAGAAGAUCAAACUAG